GCUGUGGAUCAAUAUAAGAUCAGGACUGAUAUGAAACGUAGGAAAAUAAAUGAAAAGAAAAAUUAAAUAAAAGAAAAUAAGAAUCCGCCGCAAUAUGUGUAACGUCCAAGCCCGCACCGUCCUCUGGCACUUGGUAUUUAUUGGCUUUGCCGUCAACUAUAUGAUAUGCAUCAAUUUGAAUAUAACGAUUGUGGAAAUGGUUGUGCCGAUCAAAAUUGAGACUCUAUCAUACGCUGAUCUACCAGAAGCCUCUGAGAUGUCAGCAACAGGGCUAAGAAAUAACUCAGUAAAUAUCACGCCGGAUGCGCCAAUCCGUUUCAAUUGGAAUGAAUAUCAACAGGCCUUGGUAUUGGGUUCCUUUUUCUGGGCUCAUUGGUUAACCCAGAUACCGGGUGGUAUUAUGGCCAAGAAAUAUGGUACCAAGUUGGUAUUUGGUCUUGCCAAUGUCUUGGGUUGUUGGUUAUGUUUUCUGAUACCAGCUACGGCUCGGUGGGACUUUAGGGCCUUGAUUGUGCUAAGGGUACUGCAGGGUCUAAUUAUGGGCUUCACCUGGCCAGCCAUGCAUGUUAUGACCGGCAAAUGGAUACCACCCAAUGAACGCAGUAAAUUUGUGACCGCAUAUUUGGGCAGCUCUGUUGGAAUAGCAUUCUUCUAUCCUCUCUUUGGUUAUAUUAUGCAUUGGAGUUCCUGGGUGUGGGUCUAUCAUUUUUGUGGAAUUUUUGGCACAGUUUGGUGGUUGGGAUGGCUAUAUUUUGUCUAUGAUUCGCCAGCUCAACAUCCUCGAAUUAGCGAUUCUGAGUUGAGAUAUAUUGAAAAGUCGUUGGGUUCGGCGGUUCAAAAUGCCUCGGCCGUGGGUACACCAUGGAAGGAAAUUUUUCUCUCGCGACCAGUAUGGAUGAAUGUCAUUGCUCAAUUCGGAGUUAUAUGGGGUUUAUUUACGCUGAUGACCCAGGCUCCCACAUAUUUUAGGGUCAUACAUCAGUGGGAUAUUAGAGCGACUGGAAUAUUGUCCGGCUUGCCCCAUUUGAUGCGCAUGAUUUUCGCCUAUGGAUUUUCAAUAUUUGCCGACUAUUUACUGAAGAGAGAGAAAAUGAGUAGAACGAAUGUGAGAAAAUUGGCAACAACAAUUUGUUGCAUUCUCAUGGGCAUGGUGGUCUUGGUCCUGGCCUAUUUUGGAAACAAAUCUACAACGGCCAUUGUCCUACUCUCUUUGGCCAUUAUGUUCCAUGGUACUGUGUCAACGGGUGCCUUGGCCUCCAUGGUGGAUAUAGCACCGAAUUUCGCCGGCAUUGUCAUGGGUAUUAGCAGUACGAUUGGUGUCCUGCCGGGUUUUAUCUCACCCUACAUUGUGGGUGUGCUGACGUUGGGGAAUCAAACCUUUGAAGCCUGGAAAUGGGUGUUCCAGAUAUGUGGCGCCAUUUUAAUUGGCUGUGGUGUCCUCUAUGUCCUCUUUGCCGAUUCCACGUUACAGAAAUGGAAUGAAUAUAAUUCUCGGGCAAAGGACAGGGAGUUAGUGCAGCUAAAUGAAGAUGAUUCACAUGGAGCCAAAAUUGAUGAAGAUCCUAGCUAUUUAAAGCCAAAAGGAGGUGGCUGAAAGUUAGGACAAAGAAAA